AUGUUGUUCUUGUUCAUAACUAGGUGCUCAUGGUGGCUCUUGUUGAGUUGUUGCAUUACAGCUAACGGAUUUUGUCCUCAUGAUGAAGAUCUUCAACAUCAUCAAUGUACAUGUAGUUUAACACAUGGAUAUAUACAAUGUUCAUCAUUACCUGAAAAAUGUCGGACAUGUUAUCGUUAUAGUACGAUAUUUUUUGAUGAAAAUGUUAAUAUAUUACCGUCAGAACUGUUUCUUGAUUAUAAUUUAUUUGAUUAUAAUAGUAAUAAAUCUUUCACAAUACAAUUCGCUCGAUUAAAUAAUGUUUCAUCAAAUACAUUUUCGAAAAUUGAUGUUGGUGAAGAUCGAACAUUGUCCAUUAAAAUAUCUCAAUAUGCAUCAUCAAUAAUACCAACACGAAUAUUUGAUGGAUUGGUCAUGCAGCCGAAAUCUAAAAUUGAUAUUGAAAUAUUCAAUGUAACAUCAUCACUAUUAACAGUAGAACAAUAUGCAUUUGAUGGUAUUAAAUAUAAUAGUGCAAGUGAAUUUCGAUUUUCAAUACUUUGCUUGAAAGAUACAUUAGAAUUUGAAUCAAAUGCAGGUUCUAUUUUAUUGCCAUCUUACGCAAGAAUCGAAUUAUAUUUUUCAAAUUUUAGACAAGUAUUAUUAAAUGAACAUAGUUUUGAUCACAUUACACAAGAACAUGCGAGUAAAUUUAGCAUAAGUUUUGAUCGUUUUCAAUAUGCAACACUUAAACAUUCAUCGUUUUUUGAUCUUCAUCAACUUGAUCAAUCACAAUUUUAUUUAGCAUUUUCAAAUUUUCAAAGUCUUACUAUUGAGAAAUCUUUAUUUGAUAUUAUAACACAAUUAAAAUCUUCAAUAAUAUUUUCAAUAUAUAAUAUAACAAAUGAUUUAUGUUUACCAGCUGAAACGUUUAGUCAAAUAAAACAAGAUAUGAAUUCAACAUUUCAAUUUCAAAUAAGUUAUGCGAAAAAUAUUCUUUUUACAACGGACGCAUUUACUAAUAUAAGUCAACGUGCACAAUCAAAACUAUCAAUUACAAUAACAAAUUCUUUAGAUGUUUUUUUUACGAAUCAAUCAUUAAAUUAUUUUCAUCAAGAAGAUCGAUCAUUACUCGAUAUUUGGAUUAAAUAUGGAAAAAAUUUAAUAUUUGCAGAUUAUGCUAUUCAAAAUAUUGAUAUUUGGCGUUCAAGUACAAUGCGUAUUGGUUUUCAACAUUCAUCGGGAACAUUACAAAUGGCAACAAAUGCUUUUGUUAAUAUUAAUGAAGGUCAAGGUGGUGAAUUAUUAUUUCAAAUAAUGAAUUCAUCGGAUUUUUAUUUUCGCUUUAAUCAAUCAAUGACAUUAGAACGAUUAGAAAUUGUUGAUCGAAUAUUAACUGAUAAUGAUUUAUGUCGUAUUAUUGAUAUACCAGCUCAUAUACCCAUUAAAAUUUUACGAGAUAAUCCAUGCUCAUGUUCAAUUUUUUAUUUAUAUCGUCAACUUCGUCAUACGCUUAAUCCAUUAGUGUUAAAAGAUCUUACACCAUCAUGCUAUGUUUCUUUGUCUCUUGAUGAAGUAGAACAAAAAGAAAAUAAAUGUUUAUUGAAUAAACAAAUUAAUAAUUGUCAUCAAAUGCAAGGAGAAGUGACUAUCUACAUUCCAGAUGGCAUAUGUCGUCAAAACUCUCAACAAAUAAAUAAAAAUCGAUCUAAUUCAUCAUCAUCUACAUCAUCAAUAUUUAUUCUGGCAUGUUUUAUAAUUGUUUUAGCAUGUAUUUAUAUACUUUCAAGAGAAAAACGACGAAUAUUUAUAAUAAAUAUUUUCAAUAAAUAUGCUUUUUGCCAUCGUCAUCGUCGUCAAAAACUACCCAUAUUUACAGCUGAUUCAUAUCAACAACUGACACAUAUAAAUGAUAAUAGUCUUGAUGACGACGUCAAUCAAGAGCAAACAUCAAAUAAGCGAAUGAAAAUUAUUGUCAAAUAUAAUGCAGCAACAGAACAAACACAACCGUAUCUUCAUACGAAUCGAUCUGAUUUUAUUUCGUCAAAUGAUAUUAAUGAUCAACAAAAUGAAGAUUACACACUUCAAUUAAAUACAAAUCCAUUAAGUGACAUUGAAAAUAAUCAGUAG